AUGCAGCUCGUGCUCAUCCUGCGGCAGCGCUGCCUCGAAAAGCACGUGGCCGGCGACGACGCGCCCAUGGUGGCCGCGAUCGUGAGCUUGAUCGACGUGCAUCUCAACGUCCCGACGGCCGCACCACCCGUCGCGCCGACCUCGCCCGUCGUCGAUUGCGCCAUUUGCCUCGAGGCGCUACUCACGUCGCCGCUGACGCUGCAAUGUCACCACGGGUUCCAUCCCAAGUGCAUUGGCCCGUGGCUCGCUCAGCACAACACGUGUCCGCUCUGUCGACGUACCUGCCACCUUUCGUGCAGCGUCUGA